GCCAUGCUCGCUAACCUCUCGUUAAUCCGUGCUCGCUACUUCACUUUCUGCGAUAUGAGAUGUGUUCUGUGUUGGAAGAAAGUGGGUUUAAAAAGUGAUGAUUAUGAAUACAUGAUGGCAGGACAAUGACUUUGAUGAGAAACCUAAUGAGAGAGAGAUGAUAUUAAAAGACUGGAUAUUGAUGUACUAGAAGAGCACUUAUGAAGAGGAAUGCAGGAGACAUGACAGAACUAGGUGCUUUCCAGACAUCUUUAUAAACAUAUGUUCAUCAUGAAUGUGAUCAAAGUGGAGCCCGAUUUAGGUUCUGGCAGGGGUUCAUUGUUCCUGCACAGGGAUAUCCAGCUUACUGCUACACAGCAGGCAGACAUAGCUUUGGUUGAAGUCAUUGCUCCCCAACAAAAGGGCAUACAAAAAACAGAGAAUAAACUGGAUGCUGUACCAGUUUCAGCCACACUGUCAGUUAAAAGUGAAGGGAAGGAAGAGUUGCAGAAUGUCACAUCAAUCAGGGAAGAGUCCAGUGAUAAAGGAUCUUCAGAAGAUUAUGGAGUAUAUCCAGGAAGUGUGGAGGUGUUAAUAAGCCAACAAGAAAUGUCUGACAGUGAUUGCAGUCCAGCACUUCUAAGUGUAUUCCCUGAGAUUCCCAAGAGAAACACUGAUGCCUCCAGUUCAAAUGGUAGUGUAAAUGUGUCAAGAGAAUGUCAUAAUGCAACAAAGAAAUCUCAGCUGAAGCACUAUAGGUGUGCGGAAUGCAAUAAGGAGUUUUCAAAGCUAGGUAACCUUAAGUUGCAUAUAGGUAAACACACUGGUGAGCACCCAUACAAAUGCAAAAUAUGCAGUAAAACAUUCAUUAUUAUCGGAAGUUUAGUGAGGCACAAAUGUAUCGAUGCAGGAGACAAGUGUUAUAGUUGUCAGCUAUGUGAUGGAAUUUUUUCAGAUAUGGAAAGUCUAGCUCAUCAUAGUCGCUCUCAUUUAGUAGACAAGCCAUACAAUUGUGGAAUGUGUGAUAAAACUUUUGCAGAUAGUGGUAACCUUGCAAAACAUAAACGGACCCAUACUGGUGAAAAGCCCUAUAGUUGUGAUAUAUGUGACAAAGCAUUCUCUAGGAGUGAAAAUCUAACAAGGCAUAGGCGAAUCCAUUCUGGAGAAAAGUGUUUCACGUGUGAAAUUUGUGAAAAAUCAUUUUCACGUAGUGAGAAUCUUGCAAAGCACACACGCACCCAUACAGUGGAAAAAUCUUAUAGUGGUGAAAAUGAUAUGCAUUUCUUGCACAGGGAAAGUCUUGAGGUACUAGAUAAAAGUAAUGUGUCGGCUAAGCGUUACAAGUGUGGUAUAUGCAAUAAACGUUUUUCAGAUAGUGGAAAUCGGGCGAAACAUAUUAGGACACACACAGGGGAAAAACCUUACAGUUGUAUAGUAUGCAAUAAACAUUUCUCACGUAGUGAAAAUCUCUUACGACACAGCCGAAUCCACACAGGUGAAAAAUCUUACAGUUGUGAAAUGUGCAAGAAAAGUUUCUCACGUAAAGAAAAUCUUGAUAAACAUAGGCGUAGCCACACAGAGCAGACAUCUUAGAACUGUGAAAU